GAAAGAAACAUGACUUGCACGAAAUUACUGCAGUAAGAAGGAAAAUAACCAUCUUUUAGAUAAAUAAUGCCUAAUAUGAAAAAAAAGAUUUAAUUUAAUCUAGAUUUUGCUAACUUUUGGGUAAAUUAGUUUUAAACAUAUUUGAAACGCAUAUCUGCUUAUUCGUGAUAUUACAGUUAAGUAUCCGCAAUCGGCUGAAUUUAUAAAAAAAGACAGACAAGCGGAAUCGUUUGAUCUUAUGGCUAAAAAAUAAUGAAUGAAGCCAUGGCAUGCUAUAAAUACAGAGCUCUUAAUUUUUUCAUUAAUUGCAAAAUUUUGCCCGGAAAACACAGAUAGUCGCCAUGGAGAGCAUCACUUUUUUUAAAAAUGGUGAAGAAAAUUUAACAUUCACAAUUCGAAAAUGCCAGGCUAAUGCUUCUAGGCUAGCCAUUGUUUUUAAGGUACGCAAUUUUUUUUACCUAAUUUGUAUUUUUAAACUCAAGAAUUUCUUGAUUUUUAAUCCUUAUUGACAAAAUAUUUUUAAAUUUGAUGAAAUCACUCAGCUCUGAUAUGUUACGUUUUUAUUCGUAGUUAAUCCCAGAAUCCGUUUACAUAAGUGAAGAAUUUGGGGCUAUAGACUUCCAGAACGAAGAUGGCACGUUUUCCGCCGUAGAGCGAGCUAUGGAGCACGAUCGAUUCGAGGUUUUCGGUGACAAUGCUUUUCCGCAACAUCCUACACCGCCAGUAUCAGCCCCUGCGCUAUCGCCUGUGCCAUUUGGGGCGUUCCGGCGAAUAUCUUCAAGUCCUUCUCAACCACUACCACAUUCGUCGUCGCCACUACCGUCAUCUUCUUUUUCGUCUCCGUUGCCAACGCCGAGAAAACGAAAAUCAGAUGGAUUUAUCAUAAAAGUCUCACUGGCAAACAUGAUAGGGAAAAAAGUUGGUGAAAGUUCAAGAAUGCAAUACUUUUCACUGUCGCCAACCAAUGCAAAUGUCCCAGCGAUCAUUAGCCUUGCAGAAGAGGGAUUCGGUGUACAACCAUUAAUACUUGUACACGCAAAUGGUCUUCAAAUGGAAGACACUGCUGCUACUCGUGACAAUACAUUUUGGCGAUGCAGUGCGAGAAAGAUUUUUGCCGUUAAACGUGAAGAAUUCGUCGGAACUUUUGACCGAUUUACUGAUGGGGAUAAUCAUGUGAGAGAAAGUAUUGAUGAAAUAAAGACCAUGUUGCAAGAAAAUAUAUUGCUACCAAGAGAUGUCGGAGCAUUGCUGAAAUCAACGCUACUCAUUGAACCUUUAAAAGAAACAUUCAAGUGUGUUGUGUGUCAAGACAUAAGUGCUUCACCAAUAGCAAUUUCAAUGUGUUGCAAACAAGUACUUGGAUGCUCCACGUGUGUGGAUCAAUGGACGGAAUUACGAUGCCCCCAUUGCCGUAACGAGUUUUACGAGACCGUUACGGUCAAUGUUUUUGAAAAUAUCUUAGCAAUUUUAAACAAUUUGUAAUUUUUUUAUAUGUGCAUUUAACUUUUUUUCCUAAAAAAAAAUGUUUCUUAUCCUUACUAUCCUUACUAGUAAAAUUAUUUAAGUUCUUGAAACUGGUGAAUAGAAGCUAUUCUUAUACAAGUGUUCGUUUAUUGUCAAACGUCUAUGUCACAUCUAUAACUUUGGAAAUAAAUUGUUUUCAUUCUUCACAUUUUUUUUCAUGAAUUAUAAAGGAAGCUCGAACAUAAUUGUUUUUAGAGAGAAGAAAGAUAUUUUUUAUUAAAAGUAAAACAUUGUUAUAUAUUCUAGAUUUUCCUUUUUUAGUUAUUUUUUCUUUGAACUGAAGAAAAAAGAAACAUUAAUAAUUUAACACUAUUUCCGUCUACAUUCAUUUGUUCUGAUUUUCUGAUGUUCUGAUCAUAUUUAGAUUUCCUGAUUUCUAAAUUCAAACCUUAAAGUUUACCUUCCGUGACAAAAAAGUUUACCUAAAAUGACUUAAAUUAUUGUAACAAUUAGGAAAAACAAAUAUUUGUUUUAGCUAAAAAUUAAAACUCUGCGGCAUAAGUUCUCUGUAAGUUGUAAAAAUGAGUUGUGAAAACCUAUCUACAAUUUUAUGGAGUAUCGGUUCCACGCUGAGCGAUGUUAGUAUUUUAUAGGAGUUAGAAGUAGAGCUAUUCAGAGAGCAACAAAAUUUUUUAUGACCUUCUUCACUGAAAACGUAGCCUAAUUUAUUCUUUCAACCACAAGUCUGACGUAUUGAAAAAUUUUCAAUAUAUUAAAUUUCGGAACAGCUUUCGGCAUAAUAUUCAAAGCGUGCAAAGUUUUUUCUUUCUACUUUACAUUCUACCUCACAUAAAAUAAAUAGAAGCACGUAUUGAAUCGAUUCUCAAAAACGCUUUUAAAAAUAAAAAUCAUCAUUCCUAAAAUAUAAAUUGUUCUUAACAAAAUUUGUGUUAUGUAUCCAUUGCGAGAAGUACUGUGACGCUUUAAGUUCGCUAUACGAAACUUUUCUUUUCACUGACCGGGAAUCUGCUGUAAGAUUCUCUUUUAAACAUAUUGUCAAAACAUCGACUACUUAAUCAAUUCACUAAAUAUGCCUUUUCGUUUCGAUCCAACCUAAACAAUGCGGCGUUUCAAGCGCAAUAU